CUCUUCCUCUCUCUCACUGUAUAUGUUCCUGCCUGGCUAUUUUUGUUCAUGCACCAUGUGAACUCUGGGAAACGCUGUCACUUUGCUCUCCUGAAAUGAAUCGAGCAGAAAGUAAAAGAGAAGAAGGUUUACUAAGUGGUUAAAAAGGAGGCCCUGCUACUCACUUUAUGCAAGGACGAACCUCAGACAUUUUGGUUUGACUGGACCAGUUUUGAGACUGAGAUCUGCCUUGAGGUCAAAGGGGUAACAGAGAAACCUUCCAACUCAUGGAGCUGUCAGCGAUCCCAGUCCACUUCAACAACCAGACCAAUGGAAGUGCCACAUGUUCCCGUGACAAUGUGCUCAAGACAACUGUCUUCCCUAUCCUGUAUUCCCUCCUCUUCCUGGUAGGACUGUCCCUCAAUGCCCUGGCAGUGUGGGUGUUCUUCAGCAUCCCCAGCCGCUCCCACUUCAUCAUCUAUCUGAAGAACAUUGUGGUGGCGGACGUCCUCAUGACUCUCACCUUCCCAUUUAAGAUCAUGUCCGACUCCAACAUGGCCUCCAUCGGCAUCCGUAUCUUUGUCUGCCGGGUGUCUUCUGUAAUCUUCUACCUCACCAUGUACAUCAGCAUCCUCUUCUUCGGCUUGAUCAGCAUCGACCGCUGCAGGAAGACUCUCUGGCCCUUUGUGGGCACCAGUGCUAAAAAACUUGCCCACAGAAAGCUCCUCUCGUUUGCCAUCUGGGCAACCCUGCUGGCCCUUUCGUUGCCCAACAUGAUCCUUACCAGCCAGCCACCUGCUUCCAAGUAUUUCAAGUGCAGUGAGCUGAAGACUCCACUGGGGCUGAAGUGGCACGAAGUGGUCAACCACAUCUGCCAGGUGAUCUUCUGGGGCAACCUAUUCGUUGUAAUAGUGUGCUACACGCUCAUUACCAAAGAGCUUUACAGGUCAUUUACACGAACCCGUGCCCAAAGUGGACCAGCGCAAGGGUACACUGGGGGAAACAAUGCCUCCCAGAGGAAGAAGAAGGUUCGAGUGAAUGUAUUCCUUGUUCUGGCGGUGUUCUUCAUAUGCUUCGUACCCUUCCACUUCGCCCGGGUGCCCUACACCAUGACCCAGACGAAAGAGCACUUGUUUGACUGCCGACAUGAACUGAUCUUCUACCAGGUGAAAGAGAGCACACUGUGGCUGUCCUCCCUCAACUCACUGUUGGACCCGCUCAUCUACUUCUUCCUCUGCAAGUCCUUCAGGGACUCCUUGUUCAAUAUCUUACGGCUCUCACCAGGGAGGUGUAGGGUACUGCAGGACAGUAUGGACACCAUUGCACCUGGUAGCCCUGAGGGAAACCCCAUAUGAACUUUUUUUCAGAAUGACAACAACAUAAUGAAAUGUGAUAUAGGCUACUACAACUAAUCUUUACCAAUAACUCAACUCCUGGAAUAUGUAAGAUUUUUUGCCUAAAUUCACAGGACAUAUCCUUAAAUAACAGAGUACUUCUUAGCAAUAGCUAUGACAAUUUGCUAACACUUUACUGUUCAUUCUGCAGAGAGAAGCCAUAAUAUUUGAUAUCAUGACAGCUCACUAGAGUACACAAUAAGAACCAGCCUCUGACAUAAGCUGUCAUGACAGUCAAUUCCACUUCAAAACACUUCAAGACAGUAACUCAGGUAUCUGAGAUCUUCUAAAGAUAAAGUACAGUCUGGUUUAAGUGAACUGCUUUUGAACUGUUGGUAACACUUUGCUUGACCUCAGCUAAAUAUAAC